AUGAGGGUUCAAGCUUUUCUUACUGCGUUGGCAGCUACCUCGCUCCAUGAGGUGGCAGCGAAGCCUCUUCGACGGCAGGAAGUUGACCUUGCCACUCGGAUCGAGACUGAGAAAAAGGCCGCUCUUCAAGGGGUGCUGAACAAUUUCGGUCCUGAUGGUAGUCAAGCACCGGGAGCUUCUGCGGGCGUCCUAAUUGCAUCUCCAUCAACAGACAACCCUAACUAUUACUAUACGUGGACACGGGACGCAGCGUUGACCCUCAAGAUGGUCAUCGACGAGUUCCUACACGGAGACGAAGACCUUCAGUCAUAUAUCCGCGACUACGUCAAAUCCCAAGCUAUCUUGCAGACUGUUUCCAAUCCAUCAGGUGCUCUGGGCUCAGGUCGUGGACUGGGCGAGCCGAAAUUCUACGCAAAUCUCACCCGCUUCAACGGCGACUGGGGUCGACCGCAGCGUGAUGGACCUGCGCUUCGUGCGACUGCUCUCAUCACCUACACUCGGUACCUUCUCAGUACUGGCAUCGACUCAGACAACGCCGAAGCCAAGGACAUCUGGUUAGUCAUUGAGAACGACCUCAACUACGUCUCUCAAUACUGGAACCAGACGGGUUUCGAUCUGUGGGAAGAAGUCGAUGGGUCGUCUUUCUUCACUACCGCAGCUCAGCAUCGUGCUUUAGUCGAGGGUGCCGCCUUGGGAAAGCAGUUGCAGCAAGAUGUUUCAGCCUACGAGUCGCAGGCUCCGAACGUGUUGUGCUUCCUUCAGACAUUCUGGAACGGGAAGUACGCCGUGGCGAACAUCAAUGUCCAGCAGAGUGACUUCAGCCGGAGUGGGAUCGAUGCCAAUACCGUUCUCACAGCGAUCGCUACUUUUGACCCGGAGGCCUCUUGCGAUGAUACCCUCUUCCAGCCUUGCUCCUCGCGUGCAUUGGCAAACUUGAAGGAGUACAUUGAUUCCUUCCGCACCCUAUAUACCAUCAACAAGGAUGUCUCUGAAACAGGCACAGGCGUAGCAACCGGCCGAUACGCCGAGGAUGUGUACUUCAACGGCAAUCCUUGGUACCUAACUACCUUGGCCGUACCAGAGCAGCUCUACGACGCAAUUCAGCGAUGGAGCACCAUCAACACCAUCGCCAUCGACGACACUUCUUUGGCGUUUUGGCAAUCAGUGUACCCAUCCGCCCAGAUCGGUACUUAUACCAAAGGCGACUCCGACUUCACCAAGCUCAUCGACGCCGUCCUAGCCUACGCCGACGGCUUCGUCGAAACAGCUCUGAACUACACGCCCGAGAACGGUGCCCUCGCCGAACAGUACAGCCGCGAAGACGGCACGCCCCUCUCCGCCCGCGAACUCACCUGGUCCUACGCCUCUUUCGUGACUAUGCGCGCCGCCCGUCUAGCCGCUACCUCGGACUACGCCCAAGUCCCCUCCUGGGGCGCGCCAUCCAGCCCCCAAGUCCCCGACACCUGCACGCCCAGCUCAGUGAAAGGCACGUAUGCACCCGCCGUCGCGGCCGGUGCCCCCGCAGACGCCCCAGCAUGCACUUACAUCGUCACUUUCAAUCUCAACGCCUCGACUUUCUACGGCGAGAACAUCUACCUUUUCGGCAACUCGACGGACUUGGGUGACUGGCGGGUCAGCGAUGCGCUUGCGGGGAGCGCAGCUGCGUACACGGAUGAGCGGCCGCUGUGGACGUUCAUGGUUGAGCUCCCGGCGGGUGCGGCAUUGGAGUAUAAGUUUGUGAGGAAGGAGCCGAGCGGCGAGGUGCUGUAUGAGGUUGAAGAUCGGAGCUUGGGUGUGCCGGAGUGUGGGGAUGAGGCGCCAGGAGAGGAGACGGUGGAGGACAGCUGGAAUGGGCCGGUUGGGGGGGAGAUGGAAUGA